GGCAUUGUCUCCAACCAUCAACCGUUUCGAUUGUUUCUGCCUACCAUUUCUCUUUUAUUCAUUGCUACCAAACUCUCACAUAUUCUCCAUAUUUUUCACACUUUUUCUCAUUCCAUCUUUCUUACAUCUUUUCUCAUCACUGCAAUGGAACCAAACAUCAAUCCCGGCGAGGUUGUGCGCGAGUUUCCUCGCCUCUUCCGCGCCUACAAAGACGGCAGAGUCGAGCGUCUCCUCGGCACCGAAACCACUCCUGCCGGAACAGACCCCACCACCGGCGUUGAAUCCAAAGACGUGACCAUAAACCCGCAAACCAACGUCGCCGUCCGCCUCUACCUCCCUUCCACCGCUUCCUCCUCCUCCUCCUCCUCCAAGAAACUCCCUAUUCUCGUCUACAUCCACGGCGGCGCCUUCUGUGUCUGCACCCCCUUCAACCCCGCCUACCACAACCACCUAAACACAGUCUGCGCGGGCGCCAACGUUAUCGUGGCCUCCGUUCACUACCGCCUCGCCCCGGAGCAUCCCCUUCCCGCCGGGUACAACGACAGCUGGGAGGCCUUCCUGUGGGUGGCCUCCCACGCUGCCGGUUCCGGCCCGGAGCCCUGGCUCAACGCCCACGGCGAUCCAAAAAACGUGUUCAUUGCCGGUGACAGCGCCGGCGGCAACAUCGCGCACAACGUGGCGAUGCGAGGCAGUGCUGAGGGGUUCGCGGGAUUGAAGCUCCAGGGGAUGGUGCUGCUUCACCCAUUCUUCGGGAGCGAUAAAAAGGAUGAGCUGGUAGAGUAUCUGUACCCUACCUACGAAGGACCGAGCAACAUGAUGAUCCACGCCCCGCUGGAUCCGAAAGUGUCGGAUCUGGCGUGUCCGAGGUUGCUGAUCUUCGUGUCAGAGAAAGAUUUUCUGAGGGACAGAGGAUGCAGCUAUUACGAGGCGCUGAAGAAAAGCGGGUGGAAGGGUGAGGUGGAGAAGGUGGAGUUCCCCGGAGAAGACCAUGUGUUUCAUCUUUUUCAGCCGUCUAAGAAAAAUUCCUUGGAUCUCGUUAAACAGUUUGUCGCAUUCUUGAAGCAAACCUCCUCCAGCAGCUGAUUCAUUGGUUAGAUUAUAUAUCAUCACCCACUUUCUCAUACUAUACUCUUUAGUUAUUGUUGCUUUUAUUACCUUUUAGAAGCUCCUGCCCUCUGGAUUUCUCUGUCUUCUUCUCCAGCUAGCUAAAGCAUAGCAGGAAUAGAAUUUUCACGUGAAUUCAAAACUCAGAAUUUUGUUUCCGAUUGUGUUUUUGUCUGAAUACAGGCAUGUAACUGUCUUUCAAUAUUCUCCCGUUUUCUUUCUCGUUUCUAUCCAUAAGUGAACACAGACAUGUGACUGUCUUUCAAUAUUUGCUAGAGUUUUCUUUGUCGUUUCUAUCCAGUAAUUGCUUUUUGAGUU